AUGGGUAAGCCGUUCGCUGAAGCCAUCAAGAUUGGCAAAAUGGUUGAAAACGGGUUGAAAACGGGUCGAAUUCUAAGCCAAUCCGCUAUCAGAGCUACCUCCCAAGCCAUUCAGGGUGGGUCCGGAGGAGUAGCGAAGGGCAAGAAAAAGGAAGAAACAUCCAUGGCAGCGUCGGGUGCAAGAAAACACCGUACUCCCAGAUCCCUUUUCUCAGAAAGGACCUCGCAGCACUAUUACCCCCACCAGGGCGUGGCCUAUGCUCCUCAGCCAUACACGGUCAUGAAUGCUCAACCUUAUGUCCGGCCGCAACAACAAGCCAACCGGAAUCAAGCUCCAUUUCCUAGAAACCAGCCUCCUUACCAAAACCACUACAACCCCAGCCUCCACAAAACAAUUUCCACCCUCCCUGUUCCUCAAACCAGGCAAAACCCAGCAUCACCCGCUUAUAGAGCUGGUGCCCGAUAUGCCUAUCACUCAGGGGUAGAAGGGCAUGACACAGAUGAUUGUUGGACUCUGAAGAGAGCCAUGGAGAACUUGAUAGAACAAAGGAAGAUAGUGCUAAGGGAUGAAGAUAUUCCCAAUAUGACCAACAACCCACUGCCGGCCCACAAUAACGGGCCGGUAAUCGGAAUGAUUUGCGAGGACAAGGAAUUUGACCCAGCGUUGAAGGACAUCAUUGCCAUCGCUGAUGAUGUUGUUCUCUAUGUCCCUCGAGGCCGCAAAGAAAAACAGAUGACAUUGAGUCCUCCUAGGAGAUUCCAGCUGAACAAGACAACCCAAAUAUAUGUGCCCAAGGGAGCUUAUGUGAUGCGGGGGACAAUUAAUCCAGCAAGGCUGAAUGAGCCCGUGGUUAUUGGACGCGCGCCACUGAAGCCUAUGACAGAUCCUGCCGCUGUGCCCUGGAAUUACAACAAAUCGGUGGUGACCUAUAAGGGCAAAGAAAUCUCAGGAGAAGUUCAAGAAAAUUACCCUUUUAAAAAGUACUCCAAUUUGGAAGAGGUGAACAAUGCCACUAGAAAGCGCUUCCCAUCUAAGAAGCCCGUGAGUGCCGAAGAAGCAGAAGCCUUCUUUCAAAAGAUGAAAAUGGCGGAUUAUGAGGUGAUCGACCAGCUUCGAAAAUCUCCCGCACAAGUCUCCUUGUUAUCUCUGUUGAUGAACUCCACUGAACAUCAAAAGGUAUUGAUCAAGACCCUUAACGAAGCAUAUGUGCCGGUUGAGAGUUCUGUAGAGCAGUUGGAGAGAAUGGCAGAAAGAUUUUUCGCAAUCAACCAAAUCUCCUUCAGCAAAAAUGAUUUGCCCCCAAAAGGGGCCGCACACAACAAAGCCCUUCACCUGACAGUCAAAUGCGAAGGGUAUUAUGUGAAAAGGGUUAUGUUGGAUGGUGGUUCUGGGGUAGAUAUUUGCCCACUCUCAACUUUGCAACGCAUGGAAAUCGGCACCGAGAGAAUCCGACCCAACAAUGUCUGUGUACGUGCUUUUGAUGGCAUAAAAAGGGACACAAUAGGAGAGAUUGAUCUGAUCCUAACCAUCGGCCCAGUAGACUUCGAAGUAACCUUCCAGGUUUUGGACAUGGACACUUCUUACAACUUUCUUUUGGGAAGGCCGUGGAUUCAUGCAGCGGGGGCUGUACCUUCUACUCUCCACCAGAUGGUGAAGUUCGAGCAUGAGGAACAAGAGAUUGUGGUCCAUGGGGAAGAUGAGCAAUCUAUUUAUCGGGACCCGAGUCCCGUGUCUUGA